GCUCGAAUUGAAGGACUAUCCAGUCAACUACGCUGUUCAACCGUUGAGACGUACAAUACUUGUCAUCAUUUUAUUCAACUGGUUGGCCUCACGAGUAGACACUAAUAGCUACAUAAGAUGAGGUACCACGACAUGACAUGACGACAUUCGCAUGCCUGAAGAAACCUGAAAACGAUGGAUGCCAAAAAAAAAGCUCUUAUUUCACGAAGUUCAUGGCCUAGAAUUUUGAUCAACAGUGUAGACGGAAGUAUGUUCAUCAAUUCAAUUGAUUCCUGUAAGUUGUAAUGAAGCAAUUACGUUGUAUCAUGUUUUUCAUUUCUAUUGUGUCUAUAUCUAUCGGUAAAACUACACCAGUGUACAGCUAGUGCAGCAAAAAUGUCGUCGACGCGAGGAAAUGGCGGUAAAGAGGUUGCGCCAAAAGCGAAACAAGGCGACCUCCAAAUGGAGCGGAUGCAUGAAUUGGAUCGCCAGGUAGCUGUGAAAAAGGCAAAAACUUUAGAGGACACCGUGAAGGCGCUGUACACUCAAUGUCCGUGGACCCAAACCAAACGGCCUUACGAAUUGGUGAAGUACUGCAAGGAAGAAGUCGGAGAAGUGGCGGAGGAGAUAGAGAAAUUGUGUGAAGUCGAAACGAAGAUACACAACAAGUUGCGCGAAGUCGAAGCAAAGCAGCAGUGUGAAAUUGAAACGGACGAUCAUGAUAGUACCACCCGUACUAGUGCUGCUGGUUGUUCGUCUAAAGAUAAAGGCGACAUCUUGGAGAAGGAUCUGCACAGGACAGAGACCUUGCGAAGUCUCGAGGGUGAGGUUGGGGAUGCCUUUUUCACUCUUUACAUGCUGGCAUCGAGUUUGGAGCGACACGUUGACGGGUUUUCCACCGAACGGGCAAAGCUUGCCUGCGCCAAAAAGAUUCGCGAACGCUGCGCCUACAUCUGGGGAGACGAAGAAGCCAACACCCCGGAGGAGGCGGAGGCCAUUUUCAAGAAACAAAAAGCGAAACAGAAAGAGAGGGAGAGGAUGAAGAUGGAGGAAGGGGAGAAAGAAGAGCAGGAACAAAAGAAAAGGAAAAAAGAAGGGACGGAUGAUCAAAAUGCUUGAGACUUCACUACAGUGUACUAGUCAUAGCCACAGAUGGACACUUAUUUCUGAGAAGAUUCUAACUUGGUUUUGUCCGGCAAGGUCUAAAGAAAACUGC